AUGAAGCGGCUGCCACAUCACCGACUAGCUGAAGUAACUNNUUGUAUAACUCAGGUGCAGCGGGCUUCGUUCAACGACAUCUACGUGCACAUCCCUCACAACAUCAAGUGUGUGGUUCCCGACCAUGUCCUCGAGCGCCUGCUCAAAUUCUAUCGGCAGACGUUUUGGGGCAACGUCGACGCCUUCAAAUGCUGCCAAGCUGCACAAGCUACUCGGCGACAUGCAAUGUACGGCCACAACUUCGCGUACUUUGACCCUAACAUAUGGUACAACGAAGAUGAGAUGAGAAAGCAGAUUGAGCAGCUCAACGGCCAAGAAGCACCGGGCACCAAUCGUCGUCUCCGCGAGGACCUGUACAAGAAGUUUAUGUCCGGCGAAGGCAUCUCGGGCCGCAAGCCGUACGGAUUGCGAACCCGCAUGAUCCACUGCAUAGGUUGGAAACGGCUGGAGGCAAACCGGUUCUUCACCUUCUCCAAUGUAACGAAGCGAGACUUCAAUGCAAUCUUGAGGCGAUCUUUUGUCUUUCGGAUCAAAGCACGGUUUGAGGACCCCAGAGCAAUUGAAGGUGCGUACGCAGACAUACACAGAGAUGGCGUCUUUGCGAAGGAUUCAGAACUGAAGGAAUUUCUGACAUCUGGUCCUGCGAUAUGUGCCGCCUUGCAGCUGCAGCAUUGCUUCGAAUGCCAACAUAACCAGCAGGACUGCGUGCAGAUGAUCGAGAACUAUGUGCAAUGGGGCGGCGAUCAUGGCCUGACCGAGAAGACCAUGCGCGAGGCAUGUGGCAUGCCUCCACGAGAUGUCCGAGCAAAUGCUAGCCGGGCGCAGGCAAUUAUUCAAGUUGAUGAGGACGACGACAAGGAUGCCGACGGAGCAGAUCCGAACAAGGAAUGGGAUUUGCUGCGCAAGUUCAUCACAAACCAUUUGCUGGGAGCGGAGCGGUUCGACGUUACAAAGCCGAUGCUCGUGCGCCUGAAAUUUCCCUGUGGCCCGAACGUGUCCAAGGAUGAACUUAUCAAGGCGAUGGUGAGCAACGGUGUCCUUGUGGAAGCCGUCGCUCGCGGUAAAACUGCCGAAGUCUACAGGCCUCUCAUAAACUGCUCAAACCUAGCAGCAGUCCUAGACUUGAGGAACAUGGACUCGCAGAUGAUCUUUUCGGAGCUGCUGCAUCUGAAGAACUUCGCAGACUACGUUCAAGGGUGUCCUGCAAGGCGAGAAAAUGCUCUCGUGCUAGGCAAGUUCUAUUCCAGUGUCAAACCUCCGUCAUCAGGGCGCAGACGUCCUCCCAAAUCUGGUGGUGACAGCUGCAUUGACUCGCUUCAUGAGAGAGGAAGAAAGUUGUUGGGGCAGGAAGACUUGUUUGAUGAGCUCCUUGCAGAGUUCGCAGGUUCAUCUCAGACCCCGCGCUCCUCCAGCUUCAAGAGGCGGCGCACGAAGUCAAAGGUUCUCUUGGAUGUCAAAGCAGAAGCUGAAGAUGCGAAGCCAUGUUUUGAUGAAACGUGCUGCGUUCAACGCACGUACACAUAUCCUGCGGUGGUAUCUUUUCGAUCUAGGAAGUCAGUUCGCGGUACAGGCGUGCAGAAAUUCUGUCGGCAGGCGCAGGUGCAUCUAGCAUCAGGCUCUGUUGAUCUCGACAUCGAGAAUGCCCUUUUCACGUUGAUGCACCAACUCAUGAUGAAGUUAAAGCUGUCCCCACCUCCUCCGGACGUCGUUCUGAGGACACUGCGCAGAUGCGCGCAGGAUCGCGAUGGGAUCUGCGCAGAGACGCUGCGUAUGUCGAAGGAGGACGGCAAGCUGUUGCUCAUCAAGAUCUUCAACGGUGCAGCUGAGCUGUCCAAUGCAUCAAUAUAUUGUCGCUGGCUUGCAGUGUCUCUCUUCCCCGAUGAGUACGAGCGUCUCAAGCAUCCUCCGCAAGGAACACAGACAGAGAAGAAACACUUCCCAGAAGCUACACUGCUCUCUCACCUGUAUUUCAUCGUGGAGGACGUAGUGAUUUCAACUUGCGCAGAAUGCCUUUCGCGCGACAAACCACAGCACCUGUCUCUCCAUUAUGACGGUGUUCGAGUCUCGCGACCUGCGACUGAACGGGUCGAGGACCUCUGCGACAGGCUAAGCCUGCGCGUGAAGGCUGCAACAGGAUUCGAAGUUGUCAUUCGGGAAAAGCAGCAUCUGACAGUGCUCCAGAUCAUUUCUGAGGCAGCGACGUCUUGUGAAGAAUCAUCUCUUCUGCCAGACGCGGGCCUGCGGCAAUGCGGUAACUGCAUUCCUGCUGCUGUUGGUCUUCUGCUGAACUCGACGGAAGAGGUGGAGGCCAAGCUUUCAACAAACACCCGCGCAGAAAACCCAAGCUGUCCGACGCUCAGGUCGUACAAAGACUGUGAAAGCCUCCUCAGCGUAAGGUUUCUGCCGCUUGUACCUGACUCAGAAUCAGCAUUGCCUGAUUGGCAGCCUGGAAAUUUUCUGCUGCACACAGAGAACGGAGGGAAGCCACACUGUGUUGGCGUCUGUAUCUCCGACGACCUGUCAGUCAAGAUCUUGGAUGCUCGCAAAACGCUGCAGGUUGACGUUCCCACGUUGCAGCGUGCGCUGGCAAGCGGGCUGGACCACAAGACCUGCGUGGUGUUCAAGCUUGGAAGUCGCGCAGACAGCAUCGACGAAUCGGACACCUGGAGUGAAGAAGCCUUGCUGACGUUGCUGAGCCUGGAAGCUG